AUGAUCGCGUUCAAGUUAACCGCCAUCCAUGAGUUACAAGUGCUCCGCCGCCUAGGGCACAUCUACGGUUUCCUCGACGGGGAUAAGCACGAACGUGAUGGCGUGCCGGACGUUGGCGUGGCGAAGGUCGUGCACUCGCUUGUCUCAACGUCUACAUUCCGUCCUAUGAUGUCCGUUUUCCUUAGCUACCGCACCAGCCAGACCCCAGACACCAUCAGCUGGUUCUGGCUUCCGCUCGAGAUCGGCCUCUACGGCAUCAUCCUCGACUUCUGGUUCUACUGGUACCACAGAUUGAUGCAUGACGUGAAUGGCCUCUGGCAGUACCAUCGCACGCACCACCUCACCAAGCAUCCCAACCCGCUUCUCACCCUGUACGCAGACCACGAACAAGAGUUCUUCGACAUCGCCGGUAUCCCGCUGAUGACAUACUUCACACUCAAGGCCGUGGGUCUGCCGAUGGGUUUCUACGAGUGGUGGUUCUGCCAUAUGUACGUCAUGUUCGCUGAGCUCGCUGGCCACAGUGGUCUUCGUUUGCAUGCCAUCCCGCCAUCGACGCUCUCGUGGUUCUUAAAGAUUUUCGACGCCGAAUUAAUCAUUGAGGACCACGAUAUCCACCACCGCAAGGGAUGGAGGAAGAGCCACAACUAUGGCAAGCAGACUCGGCUCUGGGACCGUAUUUUUGGGACCUGCCAUGACCGGGUUGAGUGCAAGGAUGACAAUGUUGAUUAUGUGAAUAUGGUCGAUAUGCCAUUGAUUUGA